UCCAUAUAAUGCAGUUUGGCCUAUUUGUGAACCUAAGGAGGGGCGACACCCUAAAGAGGCGGCGACACCUAAGGAGGCGGAGCGGAGGCAGAGGCGGCGACACCCUAAGGAGGCGGCGACAGUAGUAGCAGUAAAAUGGUGGCGGAGGAUGCCAUUCUAGGUUUUCUCCAGUCUCAAGACGAGAUCGCCGACUCUCAUGAAUUUGCCGCCGGCUUAGGGAUCGACCAUACUGAGCUUGAGAACGUCAUCAAGCGGCUCAAUGGAUUCGAGAUCAUCGAUGCACAGGAUUUUAAGAAGGACAAUUAUCUCCUUACCGAAGAGGGCAAGCUGUAUGCUGUGGAAGGGUCGCCGGAAGUUAACUUCUUCCUAGCAGUGCCUCCAGAGGGUAUCUCCCUUGCAAAUCUCAAGAUAACGUUGGACCCAAAAGUAUUCAGUAUAGGGUCAUCCUGGUCUAAAAAGAACAACUGGAUUGAAAUUGCCAAGGGAUCUGUAACAAGGAAGGUUGAUGCAGUUGAGGACAAAGUUAAGGAUUUGCUAAAAGGAAUUGAAGAUGGAAAGUUCGUUGAUGGGAAUGAUGUCGCAGAACUGUUGAAAAGAAAGCUUAUCGUCAAACAGACUUGGAAGGGUUACAAAUUAAGAAAAGGUCCCAAGUAUGUUUCAAAAAGGAAAAAAGCAGCGACUGAUUUGACUCGAGAACAUCUACAAAAGGGUGACUGGAAAGAUCUAGAGUUUAAAGAGUACAAUCUUAAUGCUCAAGGGCAACCAAUUCAAAUUGGCUACUUGCAACCUUUGCUAGAGGUCCGUGAGGAAAUUCAAAAUAUCUUCUUACAAAUGGGUUUUGAGGAGAUGCCAACGAAUAACUUCGUUGAGAGUAGCUUUUGGAAUUUUGAUGCUUUAUUCCAGCCACAACAGCAUCCUGCUCGUGAUUCACAUGAUACUUUCUUUCUUAAAGCUCCUGCCACUACAAGGGAUUUACCUGAAGAUUAUGUUGAGAGGGUGAAACGAGUUCAUGAAGUUGGUGGUUAUGGAUCCAAAGGCUAUGGAUAUGAUUGGAAAAGAGAUGAAGCGGACAAGAAUUUGCUUCGGACACACACAACUGCAGUUUCCACAAGAAUGCUAUACAUGCUUGCUCAGAAGAAACCUUUCAUGCCAAAGAGAUACUACUCUAUUGAUCGUGUAUUUCGCAAUGAAGCGGUUGAUAGAACUCAUCUUGCAGAGUUCCAUCAGAUAGAAGGAGUCAUCUGUGACCAUGGACUCACACUUGGUGAUCUCAUUGGGGUAUUGGAGGACUUCUUUGCACGCCUUGGCAUGACAAAGCUCCGUUUCAAACCAGCGUACAAUCCGUACACUGAACCAAGCAUGGAAAUCUUUAGCUAUCAUGAUGGUUUGAAUAAGUGGGUUGAGAUUGGGAACUCUGGCAUGUUCAGACCAGAAAUGCUACUUCCGAUGGGGCUUCCUGAGGAUGUCAAUGUUAUCGCAUGGGGACUCUCCCUUGAAAGGCCAACGAUGAUCUUGUAUGGAAUUGACAACAUCAGAGAUCUCUUUGGACCGAAGGUUGAUUUCAAUGUUAUAAAGAACGGGCCUAUAUGCAGAUUGGGGCUGCAGUAAAUCACCACAGCAUCCAAUACAAUCCUUUUACCAUUUAGUAUCAGUGGACUGGUGUUUUGUUUCCUUUUCAUUUUUGUUUGUUCUGAUACAAAAGAUGUUUUUCAAAGACAUUGUUAUGCUACAUGUUUGCUAAUAAAGACUACAUAGUGCAAUAUAGGGUGAAAGAGAUGAUAUUUGGGUUCAUAAAUUAGUUACAAUGGCCCAAAGAUUGAAAUCAUUGCACUUUUUUGCAUUCAAUUUAA